GUUUUCAACUCACGCCCAACAAACACUCUCUCUUCUUUCCUUCCUUCCUUCUCAACAAGUUUUCUAUUAGCGUAUUGUUCUCUCUCUCUCUCUCUCUCUCUCUCUCUCUCUCUCUCUCUUACACACCAAAAGUCUUCUUCACAUUUUCUCCUUAUUCUCAUCUCACAAAACAACACACACCAUGCCUGAGGCACCUAGAGGCUACAACCUUGUUGAACAGAACAAAAAAAUCCUGGACUUCAUUGAGGAUGUUACCUCAAACGCUGACCAAGUUCAACAAAAGGUUCUCUCAGAAAUCCUGUCUCGCAAUGCAAACGUUGAAUAUCUUAAAAGAUAUGAUCUCAAUGGUCACACAGACCGUGACACCUUCAAAAAACUCUUGCCUGUUAUUUCAUAUGAAGAUAUUCAACCUGAUAUUGACCGUAUCUCCAAUGGUGACACCUCUCCUAUCCUUUGCUCCAAACCCAUUUCUGAGUUUCUCACUAGUUCUGGGACAUCUGGAGGUGAGAGAAAGUUGAUGCCAACAAUUGAAGAAGAGUUAGGAAGGAGAAGUUUGUUGUAUAGUUUAUUGAUGCCAGUGAUGAGCCAGUUUGUUCCUGGUUUAGAAAAAGGGAAAGGAAUGUACCUAAUGUUUAUAAAAUCUGAGGCUAAAACACCUGGUGGAAUUGUAGCUAGGCCAGUUUUAACUAGCUAUUACAAAAGUUCCUAUUUUAGAGAUAGACCUUAUGACCCUUACACAAACUACACAAGCCCAAAUGAAACUGUACUGUGUCCUGAUUCAUACCAAAGCAUGUAUUCUCAACUCCUUUGUGGUCUUUGUCAAAACAAAGAGGUUUUAAGGGUUGGUGCUGUAUUUGCCUCUGGUUUUAUAAGGGCUAUUAGGUUCCUUGAGAAACAUUGGACCCUUCUUUGCAAUGAUAUUAGAACUGGUACUGUUAACCCUUUAAUUACUGACUCAACAGUGAGAGAUUCUGUUAUGAAGAUCCUUAAACCUGAUCCUAAACUUGCUGAUUUUAUCCAAACUGAGUGUAGUAAAAAUUCUUGGCAGGGGAUAAUUACUAGGCUUUGGCCUAAUACUAAGUAUGUGGAUGUUAUUGUGACUGGAACAAUGUCACAGUAUAUUCCUAUUUUGGAUCAUUAUAGCAAUGGUUUACCACUUGUUUGCACUAUGUAUGCUUCUAGUGAAUGUUACUUUGGUGUUAACUUGAACCCUCUUUGUCAACCUAGUGAAGUGUCUUACACUCUUAUUCCUACCAUGUGCUACUUUGAAUUUUUGCCUGUGAAUAGAAGUAAUGGUGUCACUGAUUCUCUUCACACACCUAGAUCUCUUAAUGAGAAAGAGCAGAAAGAGUUGGUUGAACUUGUUGAUGUCAAACUUGGUCAAGAAUAUGAGCUUGUUGUCACUACUUAUGCUGGACUAUACCGUUACCGAGUUGGUGAUGUGUUGAAGGUAGCUGGAUUCAAGAACAAAGCACCACAAUUCAACUUUGUGUGCCGAAAAAAUGUGGUAUUGAGCAUUGAUUCAGACAAAACUGAUGAAGUUGAGCUUCAAAAUGCAAUGGCAAAUGCUAUAACACAUUUAGUACCAUUCGAUGCAACCGUGUCCGAAUACACUAGCUAUGCAGACACAACAACAAUUCCAGGUCACUAUGUCCUCUACUGGGAACUCACUCUAAACAAAUCAACACAAAUUCCACCUUGUGUUUUUGAAGAUUGCUGCUUAACAAUUGAAGAAUCACUCAACAGCGUGUAUCGACAGGGCCGUGUCUCGGACAAAUCUAUCGGUCCGCUUGAGAUCAAGAUUGUUGAACAGGGCACUUUUGAUAAGCUAAUGGAUUAUGCCAUUAGUUUAGGUGCUUCAAUUAAUCAGUACAAGACACCAAGGUGUGUGAAGUUUGCACCAGUUGUUGAACUCUUGAACUCAAGGGUAAUGUCAAGUUACUUUAGUCCUAAAUGUCCAAAGUGGGUUCCUGGUCACAAACAAUGGAUCAACCAGAAUUAAAUAAUUAAAUGAUAAUAAGAAACUUAAAUGGUCUAGCUACAUUAUUAUUAUGUGGUUGGUACUUUGGUAGCAUAUUUCAUGGCUGUUCAUGUGAACUGUUUUUAUGGCCAUUAUGUUAGGGAGAUGAAGAAGAAAAAUAUUUAAUCACUCUUUGUAGGUUAAUUUAAUUUCAUGCCUAAAGUCUUCUUCUUUAGUUCUUUUCUUCUCUCUAUAUAUCUAUCUAUCUCACUUUUUUUCUUUAUUUUAGUGAAGUGAACCUAGCCACUGUAAAAAGCAAUUCUGUUUGAAAGAAAGCUGUUUUGUCUUUCUAUUUUUAUUA